AUGGUUGAAGGUGCUUCAGAGAUAGCCGCAAUAUGUGUCGGCCUGAUUGGGCUGAUCGGGGCGGCGGCUACAACAGGGAUGCCCAUGUGGAAGGUGACAGCAUUCAUCGGGGAAAACAUAAUUGUGAUGGAAACGCGCUGGGAGGGCUUGUGGAUGAACUGCUACCGACAGGCCAACAUCAGGAUGCAGUGUAAGGUGUACGAUUCCCUGCUGUUCCUGCCCCCUGACUUACAGGCAGCCAGGGGUCUGAUGUGCUGUUCUCUGGCUUUGUCGGGGCUGGGGCUUCUUGUGGCUCUGGCAGGAAUGCGGUGUAUUUCCUGUUUUCGGGGUAAUGAUUGGGCUAAGACCAUUAUCCUGAUGGUUGCAGGUGGUAUGCAGUUCAUGGCCUGUAUCUGUGUCUUUAUCCCAGUGUCGUGGACAGGUCAUGUCAUCAUUACGGAUUUUUACAAUCCUUUGCUAAUUGAUGCCCAGAGGAGGGAGCUAGGAGAGGCUCUAUACAUCGGUUGGGUGACCGGCGCCUUCCUUUUCGCCUCAGCCAUGUUGUUCCUGUGCCGCCGUAUGCCCUCAGACAAAGACUCAUUCGAUGUGUACCACCCAGCCAACUUGCUCAGAUACAAGCCAGCACCCAGGAACCCAUCUCUAAUGAGCUAUCAUCCCAUCUCGAGUGUUUCCAGCCUCCGAUCUACUGCAUACCAGCAUUCUCUGCCAAUCAACGGCUCUGUUGGACAACAACUUGCGACGCCACUGCAAAAUAUCCCUCAAGUUAUGACAAAGGAUGGAGCCCUAAUCAACUCUCCUUUUGUUUAUAACCCAGGUCUGCCUGAAAAUGCGUCAUUGUUAUAUCAGGGUAGCAUGGCUCACCAUUCCUCCAUGCAGAGUUCAAAACAUGCUGGAAGCCUGUAUACAGCAGGCAACUCCUUGUACAUAAGCCAAAACACUACGCCAUAUUCACUGACUUAUACCGGCAAUCCCACUACGUCCUACCAGUCCAGUUUUCAUCCGGUUCCACACACUCCUGUUUUCAUAGGAUAUAAUGCAUCAAGAAUUCAACCAGAGUCUCACAAUGGGAGCGGUGCUGGUAUAUACAUAUAAAGAAAAAAAAAAUCAGUGAGUUUUUGUAGCUGCUUAAACUUUACAGACACAAAGCACUAAGCUUUUAAAGUUUAUCAUUACAAGUUAAUUUAAACUGCUGCACAUUAGUGGCAAGAUGAAGGUAAAUUGUUAUCUCUGCUUAUGUUAGAAUUAUCUUGAUGCCCAGACUAAAUAGCAUUUUCAACUUUCAACUUUUUUCUCCGAUUAAUACACUUUUUAUAAUUUGUUUUGUGCCAAGAAAAAGGAGGUGUUUGAUCAGGUUGAAGAUAAUUGCUCUUGUUGUUAGUGUAAAUAAAGUUAUCACUAUGCUGUUUUCAUUAAGCCCUGGUAUGAGCUUACUUUCCCAAAAUAAAGAGAGAGAGAAAUCA